GUGACACACCGCGACGCCAUGACCACAGUAAACAACAAUAAAUGUAAAGUACAGCUCUUGUAUGCAAGCAGACGGAAGUUCAGAGAGAAUAUGAACGAUGUUGCACUUUAUUCUUCUUUGUUAAAUUUGUAAUCACUAUUACAAAUUGUUGGCAAUGUUUUAUCAAAAUGGAUUAAUUUCAAAGAAAUUCUGAAGAUGAACAAACACACCAACAACAGGGUUCACCCAUCAAGAGAUGGAGUGCUAACUAAACGAAAUGUGAAAUCUCUUAGAACAAGGCCUAGUGGACGUUUUUCACAAGGGCACUCAAGUCAAAUAAAUAAUGCUGAAGACAGUGAUGCAGACUCUGUUCAUAGUGUUGUGAAUAUACCACGUUUGGGGCAGAAUUAUAAAAGUUGGAUCACCGCAACAUUUAUGAAGAAAGAGUGUGUACGAUAUGUUCCGAAACCAAAUGAUCCAGAUGAUAAAUGCUAUUGCGGCAGGUCAGGGAAUCAGCAUAUACGGGAAGCCCUACGUCCCCAAGUUUGCACCACCUCAACACAGACUCCGAGUGAAAUGAUUAGCCCAGCACACAGCCAGGGAGACAAUGUCAGUGUCCAGAGUGAAUUUAACGUGAAACCCUGGGAUAAAUUGAAAGAUGUGAAGGAGUUUCCAAAUGAUUCCUUUGGCAAGAUUCAAUUUUUAACCGGAUCAGAAGCAUCUUCUAAAGUGGCACAUUAUGUUCGAUUAUCCAAUGAUACCCGUCCUAAAGAUGUCCUAAAUUUACUAUCAAAGCAUUGGAAACUUCCGACACCUCAUCUUGCAAUAUCCGUGGCAGGGGGAACAAAAAAUUUCACACUCAACAAACAGGAUCAAGACACAUUCAAUAGAGGGCUAAUAAAGUAUACCGCAAAUGUCCAUUUUAGAAAAAAAAAACUAUCAAGUGGAGUGAGGAAAAUCAAACCUUCUUUGCAGAGUACUGUUUAUGGAAAGAUACACGGUGUGUGUCGCAUAAGUGAAAAUGAUAUUAUGAUACCAAGGCUAAUAGAAGCUAUCAAUGUUAUAAUGCAACAUGAAUCAAUGAUAACCAUCUUCAGCAUGGAUGCUGGUGAACAAGCAGAUUUGGAUUUAGCAGUACUCAAAGCCCUGCUCAAAGGCCAGUCUGCCUCCCCUGCAUCACAGCUGAAGUUGGCCUUGUCAUGGGGCAGAGUUGAUGUUGCUGAGAGUAUGAUAUUUGUUGGCAUCAAUGAAUGGCCACCCGGCAGUCUUGAUGUGUUUGUGACCCAAGCAUUGAUGGAGAACCGAGUUGAUUUCCUCCAACUGUUUUUAGAAAAUGGCGCCAUCAUGAAAGAAUAUCUGACGGUUGCACGGCUCCGAGACUUGUAUAACAAAGCAGAAAUGAAUAACUUUGUUCGUAAGCUUCUAGCUAGCACUACUCGUGGUCUGUUAACUGGUCCUUUUUACCUUCAUCAUGUUCGGUCAUUAAUCCGGUCAUUAACAGGCGCUCAUGAUGCACCCUUAUACCAUCAUGAUCGCAACAUCAGUACAAUUGGCCCAGAGUGUAAGGCUCUUGUUGCCAUGUCAACAUGUCUAUCCGGAUUCAUGCUACCACAUCAAGCCCAUGUGGCCUAUAUGAAUAUAGCAUCCCAUGAUGACCAGAUAUAUAUUGGCGAAAGCUUUUCUAUAGCGGAGCUUGUCAACCCAGGCAUGCACUUUCAACGCCCAUUCAGAGAACUGUUCUUGUGGGCAGUUUUAGUAAGCAGAAUGGAACUUGCAGAGUUCUUCUGGGAGCGUGGUGAGGACCCAGUGUGUUUAGCUAUUGUUGCUUCAAGACUGUUCCGUUCGAUGUCAAAAAGGGCACAAGAUCCUGAUGAUCAGCUAAGGCUUCUGAACAACUCCAGGCAGUUUGAGACGCUUGCUAUUUGUGUAAUUGAUGAGUGUUUUGACACGAAUGAAGAGCUUGCCCAGAUUAUGAUAGAGAUUCCUCACAAUCAGUGGGGUGGCAUGAACACCCUGAAGAUAGCGGCUGAGUCAGAAGCUGAGGAGUUCAUUUCACGUCCGUGUGCUCAGGCUGUCCUCAACAAUAUCUGGAUGGACGGGAUACGCUGCUCAUCAUGGAAGGCAUUUCUGGUUUUGGUAUGUCCUCCGUUGCUGCUGGUGAUUCCCUACAGGAAGGAUUUUGCAUCGGCAAAUAUUUGGAAAAAAGCAUGGAUGUUUUAUAAUGCACCUGUAUCGAAGUUCUUUGGAGGAUUGAUCACGUAUAUGCUGUUGCUACUCCUGUUUAGCUACGUGUUGAUAUUCAAUUUUGAAUCAAAGCCGUCACCCUGGGAAAAUAUACUAUUUGGCUGGAUUUGCACUCUCAUUAUUGAGGAAAUUCGACAAUUUGUGAUACCAAAUGAGUUUGAAACAUGGGAUGAGAAGAUACGUCAGUGGACGCGUAGUGUCUGGAAUUGGAUUGACGCUGCAAUGUUGAGCCUAGCCUGUAUGGGGUACGGCUUACACUGGAGCCCAACAGCGAUGGAAGGUGCCAAGGGGUGCUUCUCUGCCAGCUGUUUUUUAUUCUAUGUCAGGUUGCUUAGGAUGUAUGCUGUUAGCACCCAUCUUGGUCCUAAAAUGGUUAUGAUAAGGAAAAUGAUUGUGGAGCUACUGCUGUUCCUCUGUAUUUUACUCGUCUUUAUGAUCGGUUAUGGUGUAGCCAGUCAGUCUCUUCUUUUUCCCAACCAAAGGAACAUUGCUGAAGCUAUUACUGGUGUCUUCUACAUGCCUUACUUCCAGAUAUUGGGUGAAUUGUUUCUGGAUGUUUCGAUUGAAGGUAAGCUAGAAGAUUGCAGUAAUGACCCAGAUGAUAACCUGCAUCCUUGUCCUGAGAAGCACCUCUUGGUUUCAGUACUGUUAGUUAUCUAUCUGUUGGUAGGAAACGUCUUGCUGUUGAACCUCCUCAUUGCAAUAUUUAGUUUUGUCUUUGAUGAAAUUCAAAGCAAAGCACUCCAGAUAUGGAAGUAUGAAUCGUAUGCACUAGUGAUGGAGUAUGCUGAUAGACCAUCUCUCGUAGCACCAUUUAUUAUCAUUGAACAUAUUUAUAUGACCAUCAAAUGGUUGUACAGGAAGGCCGUCAAGUCAUGUGACAAGCAACAUUUCCAAAAGGGUCCAUUAUACAAUGCCAAGAAAAAAGUUGAGUUGAGAGUGUUUGAGAAGGAAUGUGCUGCAAGCUAUCGUCGCAAAAAAGCAAACUUCGAAAGUUCACAAGUUAUAGAGAAGGUCGGCAGGAUUGAGAAAAGACUUGAAGAAUCAUUGAAACAGACAGAACAUAAUAAGGAUGAUUUGAAUCAGCAGUUCAUGAAUUUGAAUAAAAAUAUAAAGAAUUUGCCAAACAUGCCCCCAAGAAUGGAGACACCAUCCUCCAUUGCCAAUUCACAACUGAGAGAAGCCGGGCUACAGCACCAUCAUGAUCCUCCUGAGAAAGAUGUUCCUAGUAAAGGAGUUGAUAAGAAGACAAAUAAUGAACUUCCUGUGAAAGAUUCUGAGCAAUUUACUGAUAGGAGGAAUGAUGCAAGAUAUCAGGAACUGCUUAUUGAGGAUGAGACCCAUAGUGAUUCAAAACAACUUGACGAGAAAGGGGUGGUAAGAAGUGACCACACUAUUCCCAGUCAGGUUGGUCUUCUCUACCCACAAGAGAAGUCUUCAAGGCCCUUGAUUGAUGAGUUCGAUCGGAACGGCAGACAUGCAAAGAAAAAGAGGCGUAAAAUAAAGCACGUAAAGAAACCUAAACAUGAUUCAGAAAAUCCGACAAAAUUGUGUAGCAUUCCUGAACGUCUUCAGGAUGAAGAGUCUUUAUUGGAGGGUAGCGAUCUUGAGCAGGCUAGCCUGGGCCCUGAAGAAAACAUGAUACAAGCUAGCCUUGCAAAUAUACAGGUGAUUGCAAGGCAACAAGCCACAGCGUUUGUUGAUCUGAAGAGAGGAAUUGAUCUUCAGAUGCAGCUGGUACAAGCUAGGUUAGGAAAGCUUGAAAAAGAGUCACAAGGAAACAAAGAUAUGUUGAAUAGAAUUGAACACCUGUUACAAAUAAUCAAUCAGACAAGUACAUAAUUUAUAGAAUAAUGUGAACAAUGUCUUGAGUGUUGAUUAAUUCUGAUGCCCUGAAAUCACUGAAGUCACUGAAGCCAAAGAACAUUCCAGAGAUGGAUUAUAGGAUUUGAAGAUCGCUUUCAGGUUACAUUUGGCACAUAAAUGCAUUGCGCGGAAGAUUAAAAACUAUAAUUAACUUGAUGUGUAUCUGAUAAAAUAUCUGAAAUAUUAAUAUAAGUACAGUACUACUGUAUAUCAACUUAGAGUAGAUAUGCUCAAAUGCAUAUAAAAAAAAUGUGUGAACUUACUGAAUAUUGUACUGUAAAUGUUAGUAUUAGUGAAAUCUUGAUUUUAUAGAAUUUUUAUAUAUAUUUAUAGUGAGUAUAAGUGUACUUUAAUUUAAUAUAACUUUACCUUUUUAUAUUUUUGAAAUAAUGUUCUUAUAUUAUUGUU